GCUUCUCUCUGGUAACUGAAUAGCCAGUGUAAUCUGACACUUCAACUUGCCGUGCUCUACGGUAGUUGAUUCAGUCACUCAGUCACACCGUCUCCGGAGCUCUCACGUCGCCUUUGUGAAGUGAAGGCAGCGAGCGGAGGCGAGCGCCGUAAACACGAGGUUUUUGGAGGAACAAUACGCGCCUCUACGCGCCGGCUCUCACGUAAAAAUCACCACUUAAGGAGAGGUCAGCGAGGGACCCCGCGUGAGGAAUACAUGAAGACCGGGGAGGGGGAGGGGGUGGCGACCACAGCGGCAGCACCACCGAGGUCAGAGGUUAAACAGACUCGCUCUGUGAUUGAUGAGGAUUAAGGAAACGGAUUUUGUCUAAUAGGAAACAGGAACGUCCUCCUCCAAACUGAGUCAAAAACUUUUAAUGGAGUCCCGGUAGAGACAUCAAGAUGAACACGUUACCAUCGAUGGACCGGCACAUCCAGCAGACCAAUGACAGGCUACAGUGCAUCAAACAGCACUUACAGAACCCGGCCAACUUCCACUCGGCAGCCACGGAGCUGCUCGACUGGUGUGGAGAUCCCCGGGCCUUCCAGCGACCUUUCGAGCAGAGUCUCAUGGGAUGUCUGACGGUGGUGAGUCGAGUAGCUGCUCAGCAGGGGUUUGACCUGGACCUGGGCUACAGGUUGCUGGCCGUGUGUGCUGCCAACAGAGACAAGUUCACCCCCAAAUCUGCAGAAACCAGCACCUGCAGGAGAUGUCAGAGUGACUCAGCCCUGCUGUCCUCGUGGUGCGAGGAGCUGGGUCGCCUCCUGCUGCUGCGUCACCAGAAGAACCGGCAGAACGAGCCGCAGGGGAAAGUGCCCAUGCAGUCCGGCAUGAACAGCAUGAAGCCCGGCCUCACACACAGCGAUGGAUCCUUUCCCUAUGAUUCUGUCCCCUGGCAACAAAACACCAACCAGCCCCCUGGGUCAUUGUCUGUGGUUACCACAGUGUGGGGCGUGACCAAUACCUCGCAGAGUCAGGUGCUGGGCAACCCGAUGGCAAACAGCAAUAACCCCAUGAAUCCUGGAGGCAACCCGAUGGGAUCCGGCAUGUCCGCCAGCGGAGCGGGGCUCAACUCGCCCCAGUUCAACGCUCAGCAGCAGCAGUUCCCGAACAAAGGGGGCUCCAACCAGCCGUACAUCCAGCAGGGCAUGUACGGCCGGCCCGGCUACCCCGGCGGUCCUGGGGGCUACAGCGGGAGUUACUCUGGGGGCCCUAAUGCCCCGCCGGGAGGGAUGGGAAUGACCUCCCACACUCGACCCCCUGGUGAUUUCACUCAGCCAGCUGCCGCUGCCGCAGCUGCUGCCGUCGCCGCUGCAGCUGCCACCGCAACGGCCACAGCAACAGCCACCGUGGCAGCGCUGCAGGAGACCCAGAAUAAAGACAUGAACCAGUAUGGACAGAUGUGUCCGUCGUUUCAAAUGGGCCCCGCGCCGGCCUACAGCAGCCAGUUCAUGAACCAGCCAGGCCCGCGAGGACCCCCCGCAGGAAUGAAUCCAGCCAGCAUGGGAUCGGCCAUGAACAACCCCAAUAUGAGCGGGCCCCCGAUGGGGAUGAGCCAGGCUCGGACCCCGGGCAUGGGGCCCUUUGGAGCGCACAACCAAAGGAUGCCGCAGCAAGGGUAUCCCGGUGGACCCCGACCGGGCAUGCCGAUGCAGGGGAUGAAGAGGCCGUAUCCCGGGGAGGGGAGUUACGGCGGCCAGCAGUAUGGGCCGAACAGUCAGUUCCAACCUCAGCAGGGGCAGUAUCCCACAUCAAACGCAUCCCGGCCUCUGCCCUCUCCUAACUACCCCAGCCAGAGGAUGCCAGGGCAGCAGGGCCAAGGACCGUAUCCACCUGGCAUGCCCAUGGGCCAGUACUACAAGCAAGAGCCCUUCAACGGUCAGAGCACCAACUUCUCUGGAGGUGGAUACUCCUAUGGCCAAGGCAACGGGCCUCCCAGGCCCGGUAACUACCCCCACUCCCCAGUCCCCGGAAAUCCCACACCCCCCAUGACCCCAGGAAGUAGUAUUCCUCCAUAUCUCUCGCCAAACCAGGAUGUGAAGCCCCCCUUUCCACCCGACAUGAAACCAAAUAUGACGGCACUUCCGCCCCCUCCAGCCAACCCCAACGAGGAGCUGCGGCUGACGUUCCCCGUCAGGGACGGAGUGGUGCUGGAACCGUUCCGCUUGGAGCACAAUCUGGCCGUCAGCAACCACGUCUUCCACCUUCGACCCUCCGUCCACCAAACCCUCAUGUGGAGGUCAGACCUGGAGCUGCAGUUUAAGUGCUACCACCAUGAAGACAGGCAGAUGAACACCAACUGGCCCGCCUCCGUCCAGGUCAGCGUCAACGCCACGCCCCUCACCAUCGAGAGGGGCGACAACAAGACUUCCCACAAACCCCUGCACCUGAAGCACGUGUGCCAGCCGGGGAGGAACACCAUCCAGAUCACCGUCACCGCCUGCUGCUGUUCCCACCUGUUUGUGCUUCAGCUGGUCCACAGGCCAUCUGUGCGGUCCGUCCUCCAGGGGCUUCUGAAGAAGAGACUCCUUCCUGCAGAACACUGCAUCACCAAGAUUAAGAGGAACUUCAGCAGCGUGGCGGCCUCGGCGGGAAACACCACCCUCAACGGGGAGGACGGUGUCGAGCAGACGGCCAUUAAAGUUUCACUGAAGUGUCCCAUUACUUUUAGACGAAUCCAGCUCCCCGCGCGAGGGCACGACUGCAAACAUGUCCAGUGCUUUGAUUUGGAGUCCUACUUGCAGCUCAACUGUGAGAGGGGGACCUGGAGGUGUCCUGUGUGCAAUAAAACAGCGUUACUAGAAGGUCUAGAAGUGGAUCAGUAUAUGUGGGGAAUCCUCAAUGCCAUUCAAAAUUCAGAGUUUGAAGAGGUCACUAUAGACCCCACGUGUAGCUGGCGACCGGUCCCCAUUAAGUCCGAGCUCCACAUCAAAGAAGACCCCGACGGGCCGCUGGCCAAGCGCUUCAAGACCAUGAGCCCGAGCCAGAUGACCAUGCCCAACGUGAUGGAGAUGAUCGCCCAGCUGGGGCCUGGUCCAGGACCGGGUUCGGGGCCCGGACCGGGACCCGGGCCAGGCCCCAGCCCCUACCCUCCGCAUCCUGGUCAGCACCCCAGUGGCAACGGGGGCGAUUACCCCGGAGCAGGCAACAGUUACCACAGCCAGGGGAACUUUGACUUCCCACAUGGGAACCCCUCCGGGGGUGGAGUAGGAGGAGGAGGAGGAGGAGGAGGUGGAGGAGGAGGUGGGGGAGGAGGAGGAGGAGGGCCGCCGAUGAAUGACUUCAUGCAUGGCCCUCAGCUCUCCCACCCGCCAGACGGACCCGGCGGUCUCUUACCCCAGGACAAGCCCCUCAACCACGGCAUGAACGAUGCAAUGUCCCAUUCAGAUCAGUCCCAUAGCUCCAUGCAGCCGAGCUUGCAUGCGUCUCCCCACCCCGGCAGCCAGUCAGGGCCGCCGUUGCAUCACGGCGGCCAGUCAGGGCAGCCCUUGCAUCACGGCGGCCAGUCAUCACAGCCACCUCGCCAGCCGCAGCCCCCACCGCAGCCCCAGCAUCCCGGGCAGAACAGUCACCCGCACAGCGAUCUGAACUUUAACCCGUCCUCAGAUGGGCAGAUGGCUCAGGGAGCGCAGGACAUGCCCGAACCCUCGCUGGAUCUACUUCCAGAGCUGGCCAACCCGGAGGAGCUGCUCUCAUACCUGGACCCUCCCGACCUUCCUGCCAACAGCAACGACGACCUUCUCUCUCUUUUCGAGAACAACUAGCCCCUCCCCCCUUUUUCCUCUCCUUCCGCACCCGACCGACCGUCCGUCCGACCGCAGAACACAAACACCCAGACCUCUUAUCCAAAACACUCGGAGCAGCUUCCUACGCUCGCGCGCACGCACAUGUCAGACGGUUCCUCAACGAGACGGCGUGUGGCGUAAGGAGAGCCUCUGGAGAGGAGAACCCCGAGAAGGAAGCGAGCAAGAGCGCCAUUCAUCCUCGCACUCCCCCCCCCCCCCCCCCCCCGAUCUUUUCCUAGUGUAAAGAUUCCUCGCACCAGUACAGACCGGCUCAGACUCCAAACACACCAAUUCCAACAAUUGGUGGGCACUAAAGUCGUUUAUAUAUAUACAUACAUAUAUAUAUGAGACUUUUUAACAGAAAACUGUGCAGCUAUAAUCAUUAUAUAUGUAAACAACACAGAGGAGACAGGAGCCCCCGUUGUGGGCUCUUUGAAAAGUGUUGUAGUUUUUGUUCGUUUUGUACUUUUUAUGUUCAAAAGAAAGUCGUAGGGAAAAACGUUGUACGAGUUUUUCUAAUCCUUUAAAAAAAAAAAAAAAAAAAAAUUGUGUUCUUCCAAAACUGUGGCGUACGCCGUGACCUUUGACCCCAGGACUUCCCUCCGUGUGUGUGUGUGUGUGUGUGUGUGUGUGUGCGAGUAUGUGUGUGUGUGACAGCUGAAUUACUGGAAUUCAUGAGAAUCAGAGCAGUGAGGAUGAGACCAAACAUCCUCGGGUGUUGACAUCAUGCAGCGUUUUGUGUGUGUGCGUGCGUGCGUGCGUGCGUGCGUGCGUGCGUGCGUGUGUUUACGUGUCGUCUUCUGUUUGCCUACGAGUGUGUGUGUGACAGACUGCAGGGAGGGGAGAAGAAACAGUCGGCCGUCUCAGUAGUUUCUCUUCCACUCGGUCUGGUUUUUUUUUAAUUGUUUUUCGGUAUUUAUUGCGGCGUUUCACUCUUCCUCAUCACAUUCAGCGACGUUUUGAUCACAAGUGCUCGUGUGCCAAUGGCUCCUGUUGUGUUUGUCCAGCCUAAAUGUGCUUGAUCGUUCAUUUUCUGUCAUCCUUAUACAUGUAUUUAUAUGUCAUUUCAAAUCUUCGCAUUUUUUUUUUUUUUUUAAUUUGUCGUGUUUGUUUUGUGUAACUUUUAUUUUCACAUAAAAAAAUGAAUCUGAUCACCAUGAUAUGCUUUUUUUUUGUAACUGGUUGGGUCUGGAUGUUGUCCUGGCAGGAUCUACGAAACUUUACAACCUAUCACUGUAUUUUAUAACGCAAACACAUCAGUGUGCCUGUACCGACAAUCCUUUUGUCGUUCUGUUCUUGUUGAUCGUUUUGUGAAAAGAAAAAGGAAAAAAAAAAAAAAAAAAAGAAACAACCCAUCCUGCAUGAUCCAACAGUGUUUCCAGAGCUGUUGUAUAUACUCUUUUGUGAAUACGUUGUGACUGUACAGUACUGUACCUAACUAUUACUGGCAACAACAUGGUACUGUGUGUCUGUCCAGGACUACACACACACUCUCUCUCUCACACACACACACACACACACACUCACAGACACGCACACGAUCCCCGAGUCCCUGUCCUAUAUUGUAAGGAGUCGAUCCAAAUGCACUCUCACCGGCUUUGUAUUGAGUACCUGUGAAUUGUGAACAGUUUCUCCACGAUCCUGUGACAAUGCAUCAGUGGAAAAGAUUACUCUAAUUACUCUGUGAGCGAGCUGUCAGUGAGUUAUUUUUAUUUUCUAUUUUUUUACAUAUCUGUAAGAAUUGGUCAGCUUUAAACGAGCUGUUUUUUUCUAUCAAAAAGAUUGUCAAUGCAGCUUCGAGGUCCAAAUUUCUCCAAAAUGUAUUUGUUUUAAUAUUAUUGGACCAAGUGACCUCAUGCUCUUUAUUUAAAGUGAGAAUGUGCAAAAAAAAAAAAAUGUCCUCUGGAUUGUUUCGGGGGCUUACUAAUGAGCUUUUUUGAUAACCAGACUUAGUGAAAAUGUAUUGACAGGAUUUGUGUAUUUUCAUCAUGUUUCCACUUUUAAGUUAUUAUCUAUUUUUCUUUUUGUCCAGAGUUUUUAAUACAGGUCACAAUUUGGUUUACACAGUUUUAUGCAGUACAGACAAUGAACUGAAAAUGUGCUAUGUGUUGUUGGAUAAAAGUUACCCCCCCCCCCCCAUUUGAGUUUUUGUAAUCACUUUAAAGAACCAAAUCUGGCUUUAUGCUGGUCUUUCAAUUCGAUCAAACCAGUGUGUCUGACACAGCCGAAGAAUCUGAUGUCGUCCGUGUUUGUUUAUAUCUUUUGUUGAAGACAAUGCACUGCCGCAUUGGGAUGUUUUAUUUCCCUACACAGUGUGUAAUUAUAACUGUAACCUUUCACGAAAAAAGAAAAAGAAAAAAAAAAGACACAUCUAGUAAUUUUAUCGACACAAUCUCUGCUGUCUGGUUGCAGACGUGGGAAAUUGAGUUGAGGAAACGGUUAAUAAUGUCAAAUGAAACUCGGGGGAGGGGGGGCGGGGGUCGCCCUCUCCUGCGAGCAUUACGAGGGGGAGGGAGGUCGUAGCUGAGGACUGGGGCGGGCGGCGGGGUCCGGGGAUGUAAGGGAUAUUUGUACAUAUUGUAAAUGACAAAUAGAGACACGUUAACAGAAAUGUAUUCAUUUUCUCCAGUGGGAGUGUGCAUAGUGUAUUUAGAAUUUGUAAAGCUUGCAUCCUCCUGUCGAGACAUUGGAUUUGAAAAAUGAGUCUGUGUUUGAUUGCGUCUGUGCAGACCUCUCUAACCAUGCCUGUUCAUUUAUGUAAGAUACUUUAUGUACCUCAUCAUGUGGGGUUCAAGAAAAGAAAAAAAAUCUUUUUUUUUUCUUUUUUCUUUUUUCUUUUUUUUUUUUCCUUUGUGUAAUAUUAAACUUCUGUGUAUUACCUGUGUACUUUAUAAAGGUGCUACAAAAUUAUUGAAAACUUUUGAGGUAUAAUUGGGACUUGGAGACAUCGAGCUUUGAGUGGCUCGGAAAGGUUCGUUUCCAAAUUCACACUUUGUAAAAAGAAAUGAAAACUUUUGACAAAUAUAUAAUUUUUUUUGCAAUUUGGCAAAAAAAAAAAAAAAUGCUAUAAAGGUACAAU